GAGUUUUUGACGCAACAGUGCAGCCGUGCGAUAGGAAGAGAGCAACACCAUGUCUAAAGAAACGCUUGCAAAACUCAAAGGACAAGAAGCAGAGCUGGACUCUUUGACAGAGCGAGAGCUGGGUCGCAUUCCCCGCGGUAGCCCUGCAGCAGCCCUCCACUCUGCUUUUGACAAGUACACUGAAGCCCUCUCUAUUGCUGAUCAUGAGGAUCCUCGCACAAUUCCUGGUCAUGUCCCCGCCGACCAUUCUACCCAUCCAGGAGACCCUGCACUUUCCACCCGGAUUGCAGAGGAGAUUGCUCAAAUUGAGGACCCAAAGGCAAAGGAAUAUUUAGAGGCUUCCAAGGAGGCAUAUGAUGAAGUCAUGAAAUCAAUGCGUGGAACAGAUGAUUCUGUAGCCUGGGAGGCGGACACUGCGGAGGGUGACGAUGUUGAUAUCUCAAAAGCCAAUAGGAGUCGAUCAAGAGGUUAAGCCGAGAUAGUUGCAAAUUGUGUUUUUACACUUGCUGUCGUUCCAGUUUUGUAGUUUUGCAUAUCGCAUAUUUUACAAUACAAACCCCCACCCUACACACACAUUGACAACUCGUUUG